CUGGUCUUUAACCCUGAAUAGAAAACUGACGUGGAUGCUUGACUCAUUUUCUUUCCUUUGCGAUUCUUGUGGCACAAACGGUACUGUCUGCCGUCCUAUAAAUUCCUGACCACGUCCCGAGUGUCGUCUCGCCAACGGAAUCAUUUUCUACCCGGGAUCUCAUUCAUAGAAUCCGGAUUUGCUUCGCUUUUGGCUCUACUUUUCGCAGGUCUCAAAAUGCGGUUCGCCGCCGUUUGUCUUUCGAUGGCCCUGGUGGCCACUGUGUCCGCCCUUAAACCCGACGAGUGCGAAGUUUGCAUCAAGGUGGUCCAGAGGUUCACAGAUUCGCUCUCGGAGGCAACGAAAAAAAACCCCAAAGCGAUCGAAAACAAAUUCAGAGAUUACUGCAAAGAUCUGCGUGGAAAGGAAAACAGAUUCUGUUACUAUUUGGGCGGCCUUGAAGAAUCGGCAACCGGGAUUCUAGGAGAGCUCUCGAAGCCCAUUUCCUAUAGCUUGCCUGCAGACAAAAUUUGCGAAAAGCUCAAGAAAAAGGAUGCUCAGAUUUGUGACCUGCGAUAUGACAAGACAAUCGAUUUGAAGACUGUCGACCUGAAAAAGCUGAAGGUCCGUGAUCUGAAGAAAAUCCUGAACGACUGGGAUGAGGAUUGUGAAGGUUGUCUUGAGAAAACAGAUUUCAUCAAGAGGAUAGAGGAGCUCAAGCCAAAGUACAUGAGGGAAGAGUUGUGACCGACUCGAGCAUCUGAGACUGGACCUGACGAGUAAUUGGUUGAUUGAUUGUUUGCCUGGAUGGAGUGUUUAAAAUCAUAUAGUGUUAUCUCUCUUUAAAGCUGAUUAUUAUAAUUUAUUCUUGUCUGGUGUGAAUUGCGAAAAUUAAUGAAGUCAAUCGAAGCAUCUAGAUUUUCACGGAGAUGCAGGGCAUUACGAUUGUUACAGUCCGUGGACAGUUCUUAAUUUAAAAACACGAUGAUCUAACUUGUCUUCAAUUUACCAAACAUGUUCGUUUUGUUAAAUGAGAUGAAAAAAACCUAAAUAAAGAUUCUUUUUUCGAAAUGAAAU